AAAAUUGUAUUGAUUGUAAGAAAGAAAUGAUAAAAUAUGAUGAUGAUCUUAUGAAGUAUUUGAAUGAAUCAAUUGAUGCAUUAAAUAAACUUUUAAAUAGAUUAAAAGAAGAUGAGAAAGAAGAAAGUAAAAUAUUGAUUGGAAAACCACAUCAAAAUUUAAUUGACAUAGAUAUUAGUGCAUAUGAAAUGAAAAAUGAUGCCAGUGAUGAUGUUAUUAGUAGUGAUGGUGUUGAUAUUAAUU